GGAGGAGCGAGAGAGGGACCGAGAGCUGGGGAGCCGAGAGCGUCAGUGUGCCCGAGUCAGCCCCGGGAGUGGGUGUGUGUGUGCGCCAGUGUUCCUCUCUCCCCGUCCUCGCUGCGGCCUCACUACCACCACCACCACCACCGCCGCCGCCGUGUCCGUCUUCUCUACACUAUUUUGAGGCUGUGUUUGUGUUCACCCGACCAAGCCACGCUGCCCUCCACGCCCUGCUUGCUCCUGCUACUGCUCUUCUGCUGCUGCCGAUAGCCCCUGCCAGCGAGCUAAAGCCACACACCCUGCCAACAAGUCCUCCACAAGCCACACUGCCCUGCCAAUAAGCUGCAAAGUCACGCACCCUGCCAUCUAGCUUCUACAAGGCCUUGCAAAACACACUUCCCUGCCAGCGAGACCUCUGCAAGCCACGCACUCUGCCAACCAGCCCUUACAAACCAGACCCUGCCAGAAAGCUCCCUGCACACCCUACCAGUAAGCCACAAAGCCACAUAUCUCUGCCAACAAGCUCCCAACAAGCUACACACCCUGCCAGCUAUCCCUUGCAAGACACACACACCCCUGCCAAUCACGUCAAGUACAGCAUCAAAAAAUCGUCUGUUACUUGGGCCUCAGCAAUCAACACCCUCUCGACAAACCUUUUUAGCUACACACUGUCACCAAGUCCCUGCCACCCCUGCCAACACGCCAUCUAGACAGCCUCGUCAACGUUAACUCCACCCCUGUCAAGUUUGCUACAAGUCAGUCCCAGUCACACGCGUCAGUUACUAGUAAGAAGAAACGAGGUAAUUUACAAACCACCUGCACAACUCAAAUAUUCACGUCACUUGGUCGUCACUAAUAGUCAGUCAACCUACAGCGUCACAUCUCAUCACGGGCCCGUCACGUAUUACCACAGUGCAACAUAGCCAGCCAGCUCAGCCCGUCACGACCUGAUACGCACCGUCACGUCCUCACUUAAGUCCAUUUCAGGCCACUGCAGCCCGUUACAUCACGUUAUAGCUUACUUCAAGACUUCUCAGCCCGUCUCAUUGCGUCUCAGUCUGUAACAAGAAAUAACAGCACAUCGCAGCUUAUUUUAAUCCACUUGAAGCCAUCACAGCCCACAGCAAGCUUACCACACCCCGCCACAGCCAACCCUAGCCUGACAGCCCAAAAACAAGCCCAGUACAGGUGGCUACAAGCAGUUUUAACCCACAGCAGCCACAGCCCAUCCCAUCUUGUCUUACCCACAGAACAAGACCACCGCAGCCUCUCAGCCCACAGGAAGACCACCACAGCUUAUUUCAGGUCUAAAAGAAGCCUAACAGCCUCUCAAGCCACCAACGAACCGACAAAGCCUCUUCUCAGCCCACGAGAAAACUAAAAUAAGGCCACCACAGCCUAUUUCAGCCUACUACAAGCCCAUUACAGGUCACCUCAGCGUACCUCACCUCAAAAACAGGCCAACCACAAUCUGUUUCAAUUUGCUACAAGCCAACAUUGCCUAUACCAGCCUAUCCCAAGCCCAAGACAAGCCUACCAUAGAUUCUCAGCCUCACUACAAGCCUACCAUAGCCUCUCAGCCUCACUACAAGCCCACCACAGCAAGACACAACGUACUGCAAGCUGUCUACCAUCUCCAUCUCAUCCCAGCUUGUCUCGACCUCCUACAAGCCAUCCGCAGCCUAUCCCAGCCAGCCUCAGCCAGCCCCGCCCCGCCGCAAUGCCUUCCGUGGGUGCAGGCGGGCCCCAGAUGGCGUCCACGUCCCUGGUGGCAGCGUGUCUCGUGGCCCUCGCAACUCCAGUGCGCCCCCAGGGCGAGGCCACCGAGGCGCCGUCCCCAGCAGUGUCCGUGGGGCCGUACUUCCUCUCCCCGGGCAGCAGGAACAUCACUGCCUCGGUGGGACAAACUGCCUACCUGCCCUGCCGCGUGGCCCAGCUCGACGACCAGGUGCAACAAGUCUCCUGGAUACGUAAGCGAGACCUUCACGUGAUGAGCUCCGGCGUGGUGGUGUUCGCGUCAGACCAGCGCUUCCAGGUGGUGCACCCCGACAAAUCAGAAAACUGGACGCUGCAGAUCAGGUUCGCGCAGGUGCGGGACUCGGGAGUGUAUGAGUGCCAGGUGAACACGGAGCCCAAGAUGUCCCUCGCCUACCACCUCGUCGUCGUGGAGUCGCGGGCCAGUCUGCUGGGGCCGGAAUACGUGCGUGCUGGCAGUACACUCAACCUUACCUGUAUCGUCACUCCGCCCGCCGCGCCAGGCCUAGUGUACUGGUACCACAACGGCGUCAUGCUGGACUACGAGGGCCCGGUGGCCAUCCUGACGCAGGAAGGCCCCGAGGGAACCCGCUCCUCCCUCACCAUCGCCCGAGCCGCCCCCGACCACUCCGGCAACUACACCUGCUGACCCACGGCGGCGGGCCCCGCCUCGCUCUCCCUCACCGUCCUGCAAGGAGAGCACCCUGCGGCCAUGCAGACGGGCGGGGCGCGCCGCCAGUGCCCCACAGGC